AUAUUUGUCUGAACUCAGGGAGGUGUUUUUGAACGGCUUCGACUACAUUAUUUUUCUCUUUUCCCAUUUUAACGCAGAGGACAGGAGAAAACUGCCAGCUAACGCUGCGAUUCCAACCAAAUCAGCCGGCCCGGGGCAGCCAGGGUCCGUACUAGCUUACUACUUUUCUUAUGUACCCUGCGGGGGGAUAGGUAUUAAAGAAUGGGGAAGUGCGGCACGUCUCACCCAGCUUCUAGAUACUGGCUCUCGAGAGGGAGGUCAUGAAUAGGUGGGUUUUAACGCUGAUUUAGCUGCGGCUUGCCCUCAAAGCGCAAAAGUUUUGAUUAUUUUCGAGACGAGGUGAGAGAACUUCUCUUCCAGGCCCCCUCUGCGCUCACUUACAGGCCGAGGAGGUGUUUGCUCAUCCACCCCGCUCCAUCACCAUCGCUUCAAAAAGCAACAAUAAGGAAUAAAACAUGUCGGGAGAGGUGCGUUUGAAGAAGCUGGAGAAGCUGAUCCUGGACGGGCCAGCUCAGUCUAUUGGCCAGUGUCUGAGUGUGGAGACGCUGCUGGAUAUCCUGGUGUGCCUCUAUGAUGAGUGCAACAACUCUCCACUCAGAAGGGAGAAAAACAUCCUGGAGUUUUUGGACUGGGCCAAAUCCUUCACAUCCAAAGUGAAGCAGAUGCGCCUGCACAAGGAAGACUUUGAGAUACUCAAGGUGAUUGGACGAGGAGCCUUCGGCGAGGUUGCAGUGGUGAAAGUGAAAAACACUGACAAGGUUUUUGCCAUGAAGAUUCUCAACAAGUGGGAGAUGCUGAAGCGAGCGGAGACGGCGUGUUUCCGGGAGGAGCGGGAUGUGCUGGUAAAUGGGGACUGCCAGUGGAUCACCACCCUGCACUAUGCCUUCCAGGACGACAAUAAUCUGUACCUGGUCAUGGACUACUAUGUGGGCGGUGACCUGCUGACCCUGCUCAGCAAGUUUGAGGACCGGCUGCCGGAGGAGAUGGCCAAGUUCUACCUGGCUGAGAUGGUCCUGGCCAUCGACUCGGUUCAUCAGCUACACUAUGUCCACAGGGACAUUAAGCCCGACAACAUUCUGCUGGAUAUGAACGGCCACAUCCGCCUGGCUGACUUUGGCUCCUGCCUCAAACUCAUGGAGGAUGGGACGGUCCAGUCAUCUGUGGCUGUGGGAACCCCAGACUACAUCUCCCCAGAAAUUCUCCAGGCUAUGGAAGAUGGGAAAGGCAAGUAUGGACCUGAGUGCGACUGGUGGUCCCUGGGCGUCUGCAUGUAUGAAAUGCUGUACGGCGAGACUCCUUUCUACGCAGAAUCCCUGGUGGAAACCUACGGGAAGAUAAUGAACCACAAGGAGAGAUUCCAGUUCCCCCAGCAGAUAACAGACGUGUCUGAGGAAGCAAAAGAUCUGAUUCGCCGGCUCAUUUGCAGUCGAGAGCACCGACUGGGCCAGAACGGCAUCGAGGACUUCAAGCAGCACCCCUUUUUUGCAGGCAUCGAUUGGGAUAACAUUCGCAUGUGUGAAGCCCCCUACAUCCCAGAGGUCAGCAGUCCUACAGAUACCUCCAACUUUGAUGUGGACGAUGACUGUCUAAAGAACUCCGAGACUAUGCCCCCUCCCUCUCAUACUGCUUUUUCAGGCCACCACCUGCCGUUUGUAGGUUUCACCUACACAAGUAAAUGUACUCUCUCCGAUCGGGGUUGCCUGCGACAGCUGGCAGGGGAGCCGGGUAAGGCCGGGCAAGAAGAGGUGGAUAUCAAUGUGCAGCGUAGCCUGGAGGACAGCCUGGCCACUGAGGCCUAUGAAAGGAGGAUUCGUCGCCUGGAGCAGGAGAAGCUAGAGCUGAGCCGCAAACUACAAGAGUCGACUCAGACGGUGCAGGCGCUGCAGCACACAACAGGCGAGGGCCCCCUCAGUGCCAACAAAGAGGUGGAGAUCAGGAGCCUGAAAAGCGAGAUUGACAUCCUCAAGAAGCAGAUCGCUGACUCAGGCCAACUGGAGAAGCAGCUGGAGGAUGUGACGCUGGCUCGGCGAGACUUGGAGGACUCAUCUAAACACGUCAAGACUCUUGAGAAACAGAUGAAGAGCGUUACACAGGAGAGGGAUGACCUGCAGAAGGACCUCAUGGAUGCCAAUGAGAAAUUGAAGUCUCAGUCUAAAGAGCUGAAGGAAGCUCACAGUCAGAGAAAACUGGCCAUGCAUGAGUUUUCAGAGCUCAACGAGAAACUGUCAGAGCUCAGGUCAGCAAAGCAACGCCUGGUUCGCCAGUUGCGCGACAAAGAGGAGGAGAUGGAAAACCAGAAUCAAAAGGUGGAGGCUCUCCGCCUUGAGGUGCGAAAGGCCGAGAGGGCCAAGAAGGAGAUGGAGGCUCAAGCAGAGGAGCAGGCAGCAGAGAAGCAGAAAGAGAAGAAACUAAGAGAGCGUAAUGAGCAAUAUAGCCGACAGCUGGAGGAGGAGUUGGAGGGGCUUAAGGUGAAGCAGGCCGGCUCCUCCGCUGCCCCGGCCUCAGCAGACCAGACCCAGGAGGCUGGACGCCUGCGUGCAGAGAUGGAGAAGAAAACGCUGUUCUAUGAGGAAGAGUUGGCACGCAGGGAGGCGCAGCACAGCACUGAGCUGAAGGCCCUGCGCAAAGAGCUGAGAGACGCCGAGAGCCAACAGCUCAACCUGCAGAAAGAGAUCAUGAUGCUCAAAGAUAAGCUAGAAAAGACUCGCCGCGAGAGUGAUGAUUUCAUGAGCCAAAGUGAGCGGGAAGAGUUUGAGACGGAGUACAACCAGAAGUAUGAGAGGGAACGAGUCCUGCUCAUUGAAGAAAACAAGAAGCUGUCCAGUGAACUAGAUAAGCUAACCAUCAUGUUUGAGAAGGUGAGCAGCUCCUACAGGCAGCUGGAGGAGGAGAUGAGGGAGCUGGCUGAUAAAAAGGAGAGUGUAGCUCACUGGGAGGCCCAGAUCACAGAAAUCAUCCAAUGGGUGAGUGAUGAGAAGGAUGCUCGGGGCUACCUGCAGGCUCUGGCCACUAAGAUGACAGAAGAGCUGGAGGGACUGAGAAACACGAGCCUGGGAGCGAGAGCCACGGACAUGCCGUGGAAAAUGCGGCGUUUCGCCAAGUUGGACAUGUCGGCACGUCUGGAGCUGCAGUCGGCCCUGGAUGCUGAGAUCAGGGCCAAGCAGAGCAUCCAGGACGAGCUGAACAAAGUAAAGGCCAACAACAUUUCCACUGAAUGUAAACUUCAGGAAGUGGAGAUUAAAAACCAGGAACUCCUGGCUGAGAUUGACCGGCUGAAAAAGGAGACGGAGGAGCUGCGGCUACGAAGGGGUGUCAAGCACCAGGAUUCCCAGAAUUCCUUCUUGGCUUUUCUCAAUGCCCCCACCUCAGUUCUUGACCAGUUUGAUGAUUCUUAUUCCUCAUCCUCAUCUUCUUUAAUUGAGUUUUGGGAAGAUCGCUCGCCGUCCGUCGGCCCAGCUAGCAAAGGCAGACGUGUGGACUCUGUGGAUAACUUCACCCCCUCCAACACUCCAUCCCGGGAAGAUGACCCUAAGUCACACCUCAAGUCCCGCUCUCGUUCACCCUCCAUGGCUAGUGAUAUGGAGCCCAUAGAGUUGAUAGACCAUCCGCCUCGCUCAGUUCAGACACCCACCAUGCGUUCAGGAGGUUAUGGCAGUAUUGGGCGCUCCUCACCUAAGCCCAAAGCACAUCAGUUUGUGGUGAAGACGUUCAACACACCCACUAAGUGUAACCAGUGCACCUCUCUUAUGGUGGGGCUUAUCCGCCAAGGCUGUACGUGCGAAGUAUGUAACUUUUCCUGCCAUGUAACGUGUGCGGACAAAGCUCCAGCUGUGUGCCCUGUGCCACAGGACCAGACCAAGGGCCCACUGGGCAUUGACCCUCAGAGGGGAAUCGGUACUGCAUAUGAAGGGCACGUCAGGGUGCCCAAACCAACGGGGGUGAAAAAGGGUUGGCAGAGGGCGAUGGCCGUGGUCUGUGACUUCAAAUUGUUCCUCUAUGAACUGGGAGAAGGAAAAGCAACACAGCCGAGUGUAGUAGUCAGUCAAGUCAUAGAUAUGAGGGAUGAAGAGUUUUCCGUCAGUUCAGUCCUGGCCUCUGAUGUCAUCCACGCCAGCCGCAAGGACAUUCCCUGUAUAUUCAGAGUGACCGCAUCCCAGCUCUCCCCCUCCAGCAGCCACAAGCCCUCCAUCCUGAUCCUGGCCGACAGCGACCAGGAGAGGAACAAGUGGGUGGGCCUCCUCAACGAGCUCCACCGCAUCCUAAAGAGGAACAAGCUCAAGGAGCGCUUUGUCUACGUCCCCAAGGAGGCUUACGACAGCACACUGCCCCUCAUCAAGACGACGCAGUCUGCUGCGAUCAUAGAUCACGAGCGUGUCGCCCUGGGCAAUGAGGAAGGCCUUUUUGUCGUCCAUGUCACCAAAGAUGAAAUAAUCCGAGUGGGGGACAACAAAAAGGUGCACCACAUCGACCUGAUACUCCACGAGCAGCUGCUGGCGGUCAUCUCUGGCAGGAACCGCCACGUCCGCCUCUUUCCCACGCAGGCCCUGGACGGCCGCGAGACCGAGUUCUACAAGCUGGCUGAGACCAAAGGCUGCCAGACCAUCGUGUCGGGUCCGGUCCGCAACGGCUCCCUCACCUGCCUCUGCGUGGCCAUGAAGAAUAAAAUCAUAUGCUAUGAGGUGAAUAAGAGUAAAAUGCGUCACCGUCGGCUGCGGGAGCUGCAGGCCCCGGGGCCAGUUCAGUGGAUGGGUCUGCUCAGUGAGCGUCUUUACGUGGGCUAUCAGUCUGGCUUCAUGCGCUACAGUGUCCAUGGGGACAUGUCCCCCGUCAGCCUGCUCCACCCUGAGGACCACACGCUGGCCUUCAUCCCUCAGCAGAGCCUGGACGCACUCUGUGCUGUAGAGAUUUCCAGCAAAGAGCUGCUGCUGUGCUUCAGUGCCAUCGGGGUGUAUGUGGACUCUCAGGGCCGCAGGUCGCGCCAGCAGGAGCUGAUGUGGCCAGCUGUGCCCAACGCUGCCUGCUACAACGCCCCCUACCUGUCUGUGUACAGCGAGAACGCUGUGGAUGUGUUUGAUGUCAACACGAUGGAGUGGAUUCAGACCAUCCCGCUCAAGAAGGUGCGUCCUCUGAACGUGGACGGCUCUCUGAACCUGCUGGGGCUGGAAACAGUGCGCCUCAUCUAUUUUAGAAACAAGAUGGCCGAGGGUGACGAGCUGGUUGUCCCGGAGACGUCAGACAACAGCAGGAAGCAGAUGGUGCGCAGCAUGAACAACAAGAGACGCUACUCUUUCAGGGUGCCUGAAGAAGAGCGGCUUCAGCAGAGGAGAGAAAUGCUGCGAGAUCCAGAGAUGAGGAACAAGCUGAUCUCCAAUCCCACCAACUUCAACCACGUGGCUCACAUGGGACCAGGAGAUGGGAUCCAGAUCCUAAAAGAUCUGCCCAUGGAUACCCGAGCAGGAUUCAGCGGCUCCGUCAGCAUUCCCUCCAUCACCAAGAACCGGGCCGAGCCGGGCCGCUCCAUGAGUGCCAGCAGUGGACUGGGCAUACGCUCAUCCUCGCAGAACGGCAGCGCACUCCGCAGGGAGCUGUCGGGAGGAAGCUACGGGUCCAAGCGCCAGACCAUGACCUCUCCCUCCGAAAGCUCCUUGUCCUCUGGUGGGGGGGUGGACUGCGGUGAUGCACCGCUCUCACAGUUUGACAGAGAGUGGCAGGCAGUCUCACCGUCGGAGAAGACCCCCGAUCUGAAAAGGGCUUUAAGGACCCUGCUUAGUAAGAUGAAGGACUCGGACUCCCCGCGUCACUCCACGGCCUCCAACAGCUCCACCUUCAGCAGCCCUCCCAGCCCGGCCUCCCCACACAAGACCAAGUCCCUGUCCCUGGAGAGCACAGAACGGAUGGGUUGGGACACAUGAGCCCCCAUCGGCCUCUCGCCCAUCCAACCCCACCCACCAACUGACCGACCGACAGCACAGGACUCCAAAUUCUCCUCCUCCAACUCUUCCUUUUCCGAAUAUUCCUCGCCUCACUGCCCAGAGAACUGCACCUCCUGUCCGCCACUCCCUCCCGAUGAACAUUUGUCCCACUCUAACCCCCCCAGCCCCCUCACCGUGCUUCCAUGGUGGGGCAGAAACAGCAAGAAAGAGAGGGAGAAGUCAUUAAAUAUGAGCAGAGGUGUACAUGUGGGUGCUGAUGUUUUGCGCGUGUGUGUGUGUGUAUGAGAGAAGCUGUGUGUGAUGUAGGGGAGAUGAUAUAGGAAUGAGAACCUCCUGUUUUUUGGCCCACUUGAUUCACCGAGACUCUAAAACGUCACGAUACAACCCAAAAAGAAGAGGAUUAAAUAUUAUCGAGAGCAAAAGAUUUGUACUUGUACAUAGGACCCGCCGGGUUUCAGGGGACGAUAUUUUAAUUUAUUUAUCAAUCUUAGACAAGGAAAGGGAGGUCUGCUUCUCCGUGGCCUGAAGCAGACGGGUGCAGUGUAAACCCCUCCUCACUUGCUUUCUCUCUGGGUGCUGCAAAAAAAAAAGAGAAAAAGGUUAAAAAAAAAAAAACUUUUAUUUUUUGCUCCUGAUACUAAGUGCAGUGACUUUAUAAUAUUUUUAAUUUCCACCAUCAGCAAAAAGCUACAAGCAGUGGCUCCUGCGACAUCACACGACAAACUCUUCCUCAUUGGUUCAGUGCGAACGGCAUCAUCCGGCAGCCAGGGGUGUGUGUGUCCUCCAUUGCAGACGUUCCACUUGUCCGGCCACACUCCCGUCACAGUAAUGUACAUAGGUUCAAAGUAGAGAGUAAUAUAUGAUAAGGAAAAUACUAUAGAGAACUACACGGGAUGGAAAAACUCCACUUUUAUUUUCCUGCUUUUCUUUGGAGUGAUUUAAAGUUGUAGCUGCACUCAGAAGCCAUUUUAAAACCACUUCCCCCAAUUUUUUUUUUUUUUUUUUUACUGAUUUAAUCAUUUUACAUUUGUUUUUAUAUUGUUUCU